CUGCCACUCAGAAGCCAACAUGCCCGAAGUCUGCUGCAGAUACAAGGACGGCGGGGCUGGUCGGAGUGCGCAGUGGAUGCAAAGGGACACAAACAUCGUUUGUUAUCGUUUUGAGUAUCUUAUUUAGAUGCAGUCACUGCACUUAAAUGGAGUCAUGCUGUGCCAUCAACUGAAGCCCCUCCGUGUGCUGUGAUAGUCUCCUGAGGCCAAUAAGGAGCUUUUAAUAUUUUUUCAGUAUCUAGUGCGGACAAAUUGUUGCACCAGAUGCAACGUUUUCUCAGUUCAGUUUUGUCGGCCCCCGUCUUUCGUUGCAGAAGUCUAAUCACCCUAAAUCAGCAGUAAUUCUGCAGGGACGCAUCAUGCUGACCAGCAUCACUGAAGGUAUACUGUGUUGCCUGACUGGGAAGGUUGCCGGUCUGGUCUUGUCCCUGGAGUCCACAGAGCCCUCUGAUGGUUUUGAGUUUGUGGAGGUGAAACCUGGCAGAGUCCUGCGAGUGCGGCACAUCGUCCCUGAGCGUCAGCCGGUGGUAACCGAGGGGCAAGUUGCCGGCAACGAAAAGAAGGAUGCCGAUGAUGCCGAUGAUGAUGACGAUGGUGGUUAUCCUCGGGAUUGCAACGAGGGGCACACCGGCAGCAGUGUCCACUGCAAGAGGAAGAUCACAGUCUACCGGAAUGGCCAGCUGGUGAUUGAGAAUCUCGGUGAUGUCUUGCACUCUGAGAUCUUGCAGUGUCGGGACGGGGAUCUGGAGCCUUGCAGCACUGUGGAGGUGGAGCUGGCUGACUACAAAGAAAUGCCCUCUUCUCCGGACCCCAAACCUGUUACGCCUCCAGUUCCUCCACCUCUCGGCGAACAGAAGCCUGCUCCACCUCCUCGCCGCCGCCGCCGCAAGCCCAAGCGCACGGUGCAAAUCGACUCAAAGAGGGUGAUCUCAAGCUGCAAAGGGACGCACUCGGACGUAGCGCUGUUCUUUGUACACGGAGUGGGAGGUUCUCUGGACAUUUGGGGCAGCCAACUGGACUUCUUCUCUCGGCUGGGCUACGAGGUCAUCGCGCCCGACCUGGCGGGGCAUGGAGCCAGCACUGCCCCACAGAUUGCAGCAGCUUAUACUUUUUAUGCUCUUGCGGAGGACCUUCGUGCCAUCUUUAAGCGAUAUGCUCGAAAGCGCAACAUUCUCAUUGGCCACUCAUAUGGGGUUUCAUUUUGCACCUUCCUGGCACACGAAUAUCCUGAUCUGGUCCAUAAGGUGGUGAUGAUCAAUGGAGGGGGUCCCACAGCUCUGGAGCCCAGCCUGUGUUCUAUCUUCCAGCUGCCAUCGUGUGUCCUUCACUGUCUGUCACCUUGUCUGGCCUGGAGCUUCCUCAAGGCUGGAUUUGCCCGUCAGGGUACCAAAGAAAAGCAGCUAUUGAAGCAGGGCAAUGCCUUCAAUGUGUCUCCGUUCGUCCUGCGAGCCAUGAUGAGUGGCCAGUACUGGCCUGAGGGGGACGAGGUCUACCAUGCCGAGCUCACUGUGCCUAUCCUUCUGGUUCAUGGCAUGUGCGACAAGUUUGUGCCCAUGGACGAAGACCAGCGCAUGGCAGAGAUCCUUCUGUUUGCAUUCCUAAAAGUCAUUGAGGAGGGAAGUCACAUGGUCAUGAUGGAGUGCCCUGACACUGUCAACACCCUCCUCCAUGAGUUCUUUCUAUGGGAGCCCGACAUAUCCAGAAAAGACAGCAUCAAGACAGCCACAGCUCUCAGUGACACUCCGCACACACUCAAAAUGAAUAAGCCUGUGGAAAAAUAACCAACGAGUAGUCUAGCUUCAUUACACAACCAAGCAGAAGGCCUUUUGUGGCUGGUGUUCUUAGGGCUGCUACCAGGCUGAGAGCUGUUAUAAACCGGGCCUCAUCUUUAGGAUGCAAAGGGCCACUGGUGCUGCAAGAUAAAGCAGGAUAUAGGCAUUGUGCCAACAAGAGAGCGACGGAACAGACAUAAAGAUGAGAGGAAUGGAUGCAAAUACAGUCAGUUUCUUCUUCGCUUUUUUAUACCAGAUCUGCAAAAUGACCCAAUACCUGGAGGACUAUGUCCAUUUGUGAUGUGUGUUUGAAAUGUAUUCUCUCCCGUCAGUGACACAGCAAACUGCCAUCACAAAUAUUCAGAUUUAAAGUAUAUUUUGAUGCACCAGGUGUAGAAUUUAACAUGAUGGAUUACAAAUGUGUUUCUUUAUGUAGAUAAUCAGCAGGACUCAUUUUUUAAAAUCAUUUCAUUCAUUCUGCUUGACCAAAAGCGCGAGCACACACGCACAGAGGCGCGCACACUGUUCAAGAUUACCGUGUCAGCCUUGGCAACAAGGACAAAACCGUCUCCCAUGGGCCACCUGGUGUGGGAUUUCCUCUACUUUAAAUAUUUUGUAAAGUACUGCAGAGCUUUUGUUCAACCUUUACAAAAUGUUUAGUAACUUAUUGCUGAGCCCGUCUUACAUCUGCUGUCAGUGUGAAACUGUCAAAACGAUGUAAUGUGAAAUGAGGAAUUGCAGAUGUGAUUGCUGAUUUGCCACAGUACAGUGAAGGACAGCUUACAGUAAAAAGUGUUGAUGAUAAUAAUUUAUUAUCAAAUAUGUACUGGGUAAGAGGUGUUAAAAUAUCAAAUAUAUACCGGAAAUAUCAUUAAUAAUUUCAUCACAUGCAUAUAAAAUAUUCAUCAUGAACAGAGAUUAUAUAUAUAUAUAUAUAUAUAAACUCCUUACCUGCAAUCCAGGGUUAUGAUGACCACAUUUAUACAAGGUGAUGUAUACAAAAUUUUAAACAGGAAGGCUCAAUAAAAGUUGUUCAUCUAUUUCCAACUAACACCAAUAUAUUUUCCAUAUACUGAAUAAUAUAAAAUCUAAAUCCAAAAAGCUAUGUGUGUCUUUGCUAAGCACAAUAUUACCUAUUCAUCGUUUCACUGUUGCAUGAAAAUUAAGUCAUAUUUAAUUAGAGAUUUAUGUGAUGCCAAAAUGUUCUUCUCUUUAUUUUUGGCAGCCGUAUCUUCAAUGUUAUGUAAUGUAAGGACAUAAAGGCUGUGUUUAAGUUUGCAAUAUGUAAAGGAAGGAGGGUUUGGUCAGACCGUUGCAAUAUACUUUCAUAUUGAAAAAAUCCAUGUGCACUUCUCUUUAAUUAAAUGACUGUUCCUUUUAAUGUAUAAGUAUUAUUUUGCUUUUAUUUUGAAAAAGUAGCAACUGCCAUUACAAAUUGUGGCUGUGUUGACCGCUUGAAGCUGCUGAGAUUGUUACCCUACAACUCUUGAGUCAAUUCUAUUUAUCUCAUGGUAUAAGAGAAAAAGAAUGAGCUCAACAUUAUGCUCACUAAAAGAGAUUCAGUGAUGGGUGCUGCUGUCUCAUAGUGGGACAGUUAGUGUCAAGGCCAGGCAAGUUUAUUUCUACAGCACAUUUCAACAACAAGGCAAUCGAAAGUGCGAUAAAACCCUAAAAAGCAACAAAACAUAGGGCAAAAGAAAAAACAAUUUCAUUUCAAUUUUACCGGUGCAAGUAAAAGUACAGUCAGCAGAUAUGCUCCCUGGGUGCGUAUUUGUUGACUGCAGAGUUUAUGCUGUUAUGAGAAGCAGAAGAAGUAGAUUUAAUACUGGGAUUUCCAAAGCUUAAAAUCAAAUAUGAGUUAGCCAAAGCAGGAAGUCCCCUAAAAAGAGGGGCAUUUGUACUGACCAUGCUGGUCUAUUAUAUAUGCAUUUUGACAGUAUGCUGAUGCAACAUUACUGGUCUUAUGCAACUGGAAUAAAAUAGAGAGAAAUAGAAUAGAAAUAAACUGACAUGGAAUCUCAACAUAAUAUAUUUCCUGUGGACUGUCCAAUAAACAACAUGUGCUGCUGAUGCAAUGUACUGUAUGUUUCUUUUGAUGUAAAAGGUCAGUGUAACUGUAUGGACAACAGGGUGCACAUGUACUUCCUCUUAUGCUAAAAGUGUGCAUAUACAAAUGGUCAGUGCUCAUAUGUGCUAUAUCUUUUGUGGUUAACAAAAUGUGUCAAUGUUAUUGUUGCAUUUAUUUAUCGCCAUCAUAAUAUAUGCACUGCCUAAAUGUUGAUGCAUAUAACGUUAUAUAUAUCAAUAAAGUUGAAUUCAGUCUA